AUGUUGGAGUCGAAUUUUCACAUGGCAAACAAAGUAUUCUGGAAGACCAUCCAACUACUCCGAGGUGAAAAGAAGGGCAGCGUAAGAGUCUUGAAGGACAAGACUAAACACUCUCUCACCGAGGAUAAGGACAUUCUUCGGCGAUGGAGAGAGUACAUGGAGGAACCUCUUAACCUUGUGGAGCAGCAGGGAACGAAUAUUACUAUUUCUGGAGAUGAAAUCACGCAAGCCGUGAAAAGCUUACAAAUUGGAAAGGAUGCUGGAAGACACAAGAGCACUGGAGAACGGGAGCUGCAUUACCCCUGUUCAAGAAAAGAGACACCAUAG